ACGUCGAAGAACAAUACAAUCAGCUGUUCGUUUAUCGAAUCCGCUAAAAUAAAAUCUACACAAAGCUGUCAUUGUCGACAGGGAGAGGCAAAGACCACUGAAAUGUCAUUCCUCUUUGAUUGGAUCUACAGAGGCUUUAGUGGUGUGCUACAGUUUUUAGGGUUGUACAAAAAGUCUGGGAAGCUGGUUUUCCUGGGGUUGGAUAAUGCUGGUAAAACGACCCUUCUGCAUAUGCUGAAAGAUGACAGACUUGGACAGCAUGUGCCCACAUUGCAUCCAACAUCGGAAGAGUUGACAAUAGCUGGAAUGACAUUCACCACGUUUGAUCUGGGCGGUCACGUACAAGCUAGAAGAGUUUGGAAGAACUAUCUGCCGGCUAUCAAUGGAGUUGUCUUUCUGGUUGACUGUGCUGAUCAUGACCGCCUUACAGAAUCCAAGAUCGAACUUGAUGCUCUGUUAGCAGAUGAGACCAUCCUCUCUGUGCCCGUGCUGGUCCUGGGGAACAAAAUAGACCGUCCUGAAGCCAUCAGUGAGGGAGGACUGAGAGAGGCGUUCGCUCUCGAUGGUCAAUGCACUGGAAAGAGUAAUGUGUCAUUGAAGGAUCUGCAGGUACGACCUCUGGAGAUCUUCAUGUGCAGUGUCCUGAAGAAGCAGGGCUAUGGAGAUGGCUUCAGAUGGCUGUCACAAUACAUCGACUGACAUCUUGGCAGCGGUUCUUUUACUAAACGGGACUCCCAUCUUUCUGGGGGAAAUGAAGAAGAAAAGCUAUACAAGGAAAUGUCCCUUAUCUUCCAACCCCCCUGUGGAAAGAUCUGAAGCUCCCAAUGGUCAAUAAUCAGCUUUCUGAUUGAGUCAAUUUCAGCAUUAAUUGGUCAGUUAGAAACCUUUCAAUCUAUGCAAACUUUUAAAAGUGGUUCAUUGGUCACAAGAUUCAAGAUCGGUUUGCGUUUAAUAUUAGUCCAUUAAUUAAGUGUAAUGUCAACCCAUUCCCUGGCAUGUAAUUAGAGUAUCCAAUUAUAUCCAACGGAUUUGAUCAUAUCUGCAAUUCAAGCUGCAGUAUACGGCAGAUGAUAUGUAAGAAUGUAAAAAACUUUAUAAGUUAUACUGUGAACUUUUUAAUUAUUUCUGAAAAAUGAUGGACCAAGUAGUUGUAAAUGGAAUAGAUUAUAAGGAUAUUUGUGUGACUGAUUUAUAAGGAUAUUUAUGUGAAUGGUGGUGGUACAAUGCUUGUUGCUUGUACAUAGCACUCCUACCUAGAAUAAGAUGUCAUAUCACUAAGAGGACAUGAAAGACAAUAGAUAGACUGAGCAUGAUUAUUCCCCCAGACCAAGUUCCAAUGCACCGAAUAGAGCGGCGCAAAUGUUGUCUGAAGUUUAGGGGCUGGGGUCCAUUUGACCUGAUUCUGUUUAGAUACAUGGGCUGCGUCCCAAAUGGCAGCAAUAUUCACUAUAUAUAUAUAUAGUGCACUACUUUUGUGCCAACUUCAGAGAACCCAUACUUUCUGUGCGUCCCGGUCAAAAGUAGUGCACUAAAUAGGGAAUAGGGUGGCGUUUGGGGUUUGCAUCCAUGGGGGUUUUGAGAUCAAUUGUAAUUGUCCGUGCAGCUAUUGCCUUCAAUGCACUCAGCCAAAGACGUAUGCAAACUAUUUUUGCAAGUGACUUUGGGAUGUUUACAAAUAAUAGACCUGGAGGGGGUUAUAGUGGCGAUGUAAUGUUCAUCCUACUACAGUUCAACGAAUGAAUGGCUAUAGUGGCAUGAUAUGCAGGUACAUUGUAACAGGCCAGAACAAGAGACCGCCAUUGCCAUCAUUCCAAUGGUAUGCAGCAAUAAAGCGGAAUGACCAUCAGUGGCCACUGCAAUGCUAAUCUUAACAGAAGGCUAUGCUACUCUACUAACACAGCUCUGGCAGAGGUGUCGUUGGAAAAAAAAUAUAUAUAUUGGGUCCCUAUUCAAUCAGGUCUGGGUUAAAAAUAGAUAUAUUGGACCCUAUUCGGUCUGGUUUUAAAAUAAAUCCCACUUGCAUGCUUGGAGUGACGUACUACUCAAGGAAACACCAGAUAGCCUGGGCACCAGUUUGAAUAGGGCCCUUGGUCUUUGCCUGGUCCUGGUCGCAGACCUGGGUCAUGUUCAUUAGGCACCAAACGGAUGAAAACGGACUGAAACGGGGAAGGACUUGGACAAUGGAAACACUCAUUUUCAUUUUCAGUUGCAAAAUGUUUUAAUGUUUUCUGUUGCGGGCCCUAAAAUGAACACGUCCCAGAUAUUUCUAGGCCUACUAGUAAAUCUUCUCUGUCAUUCUAAGUCUCUGUCAUUUGCAACAUUUCUUAUUAUUUUGAUGUCGGGGUCUAUUUAAUUCAAUCUGAAAUGGCCGUCACUGACAUAUUUUAGUUGUUCGUUUAUUUAUCAUCAGAAUGAACUAAUGGGAACAGGUACUUCCUGCCAUGUAGGCUAAUACUGCCUUAUAGUUUAAAUAGAGGGGAGAGUUUCAGCAGUUUGAUUCAGCCUUUUGUUGAUCUAAUUGUCACGUUUCCUGUCUGCUGUGUAGGUCAUUGUAGAAAUGAUUUAUAAUGUCCAUGGUGUGAAGUAUUGGCUGUGUGAUUCAGACAAGUCUAUGGUUGAAAUGCUGCUGGUACUUCUUGACUAUCUGUACAAUGAUAUGAGAGUACACCUGUAGCUCUGAAUCUCUGGGAAUAACAGCCUUUGUAUCAGCCAGUGUUGGGCUCAGUUCCAUUUCAAUUCAUAAACUAAACUUAUAUUCCAAUUUCUCUCAGAGCUUUUUAAUGAGGAAAAAUUGAAUUGGAAUUUCAGUUUCCUACCUGAAUUGAGAUGGAACUGACCCCAAUGCUAAAUAUCAGUAUUUAACUAUUGAGUAUCAUUAACGUUUCUGUAUUCAUUGUAAAUAAUGUAUGAUGGUCUCUUUCUUUGUACAAUUAAUGUCCUUGGGCUGACAACACACGCAGGGUGUAUCCCAAAUAGCACCCUAUUCCCUAUAUAGUGCACUGCUUUUGACCAAAGCCCUAUUAGCCCUGGUCAAAUGUAGUGCACUAUAUAAGGAAUAGGCUGUCAUUUGGCACGCAGACAUUAUUACUGGAGGUAUUUAUGAUAACUCCGAUCGUUUUAAUGUGAGAAAUUCCAUAAAUAUUUUUAACAAUCAA